UUUGCCUAUCUCAGUUGUCUCUCCUCCCCUAACGCCCACCGUUGCGAUUUUCCUCCGACUGCUCACCGCCGAUGACGUUGUCUCCGCCGACUGCCGCUGCCUCAUCUGCCGACCGCCGCUGCCUCAUCUACCGACCGCCGCUUCCCUUGACGCAUCUCUAUUUAGGCAUGCUACACAUUAACAGAUUAAUCUUAGGUAUCGUUUAGAAGGCUUUCUAUGCUAGGACGUAGGAGAGGAAAUCUUUGGUGCAGAAGAACAUGGAGCUUUGUUGCUGUUAACUGUUUAUAGGAUACUAUGAAAGUUGUUGGAGCAAAGGUAUUAGAGGAUGACGUAAUUGAAAGCUAUGGCAAUGACGAUGAGGCCUUAAAUGCAGCUGAAAAUGGAGUUGCGGUUGUGGAUCUUUCACAUUAUGGACGGAUAAGAGUUAGAGGAGAAGGCCAAGUUCAGUUUCUUCACAACCAAAGUACUGCAUAUUUUGAAAUUCUUCAUGAAGGUAUUGAUGAACGUUUUGUCCAAUAUAGAGGCAUGUAUAUGGUUGGUGGUUGUGUACUUGGUGUUGAUCUGCUAACUGUAGUUCAUGAAGCUUCAGAGAGAACUGAUAUACCUUUGCAGUCUAACUUAAUAGCUGCUACUGCUUUUAUGGAGCCAUUGAAGGAAUGGAUGCAUGUUAACAACGAUGGUGCACAAGUUGGACCAGUGGAGAGGAUGCUAUUAUAAGAUUCUGGUCAAAGAAGGAACUAGAUUGGACCACAAAGUGUUGGGCUUCUGGGAUGACUGAUUGGUACUGUUUCUAAUGAUGUAACAUUACAUAGUGCUAUAUUUUUGUUAUUAUUAUUGAAUUUGAAUGUUUUAAUAUUAAUAUAAUAUAUUUUACAAUUA